GUGAAGGCCAGCGCAGAAGGAUGGCUCGCCAGUGUGUGUGGCUGGUGAUGGCCGCUGCUGCUACCCUCUCCCAGGGCCUUCCCAAGCUUGUAUGUUAUAACCUGCUUGAAUGUUCUCGUCUCCUUGGAGAUUCUCUCCUGCUUGCAACUUCAUGCACGAGAGGACUGGCUGCCGCACGUCAUGCACUAACAAUCAGGUCGAUGGAGGUAAAAUAUUCUUCCCCGAGUCUCCAGCACCGGAGGAACUAAUCACAGCAGCGGAGGAACCAAUCACAGCAGCGGAUACUGAAUUCCGUGAGAAUCGAGGUCUGUGGGAGAGUGACCUCUUCUUUCUGCAGAAGCUGUCUGGACUCUUCGGCGGAGAGAAUGAACAACAACCUCAACGCCGCAAGACAUUAGCUCAUUCGAACCUGCGGCCGGAGCUCUUGCCACCGCAGAUGCUCUACACACACCGCAGGACGGGCACCAACGCACCUGGGCAUCAUAACCAAGUGAGAAAGGGCAUAAAGAAACCGCCGUGGCCUCAAAGGCUGUCAUCCAACCAGGGCUCUCAUGCGCUACGGACACCACUACAAAAUUCUCCAGGUUUAAAGCCAUUCCGUCAGGUGAUACAAAUUACUGCCCCUCCCAGAUAUGAAAUUCCUCCACCGUUAGAUGAUCCUGGCCAGCAUUCCCAGAACCAUUUAGGGCCCCUUCGAUUGCCGCCUCCGCCACCUCUACCACCUAAAUCUGCCUUCUCAAAUACUCCUGUUCAGCACUUAGGUAACUUCCCAUAUCAGUUUGUGAAGCCUGAAGAUCAGGGUGCUCACAACAACGAUAUUAUCCCUCAAUAUUUCUCAAGUGCAGCGCCAUCUAGGGUCGAUAUAUCGCCACCGCGCGCAGCACCACCGCAUCCCAAUGCUCUUAGACCACCACAAUCCCUUCCGAACAUCCCCAAAACACCUCUAUCAUCCCAUCCAAACAUCCCUAAAACUCCUCCACCAUCCCAUCUGAACAUCCCUAAAACUCCUCCACCGUUCCAUUCGAACAUCCCCAGGCCUCCACCACCCCAUUCCAGCCACCCAAGGCCUCCAACAUCAGACACAAACAGCCUAAGGAAUACUCCUCCACCACCCAGUCAGAACCCCUCAAGGCUUCCUCCACCUCCCCCUAAGCCAUUGAAGUCCAAGAAGCCGACGCUGCUGGGAAGCUUCACCAACCUGACUCCCGGGGUCUUUGGGAAUGCACAAACCCCACAUAAGCACCCAAGACCAGCACCGCAGCCUCAGAGAGUCUUCUUCCCACCGAAUCCUAAUCCCUCGCAGAAUGACAUCAGACCGAGUUUAGAAUUCAAGCCAAGUCCUCAAGAAGGUAAAACAGCAGCCGACGCCUUCCAGCCAGUGUUCGUAGCGUCGCCCUUCAUGGACGACCUUGGAGAUGACGUCAUGAAACCCAUGAUGGUGAAGGCUUUGAGCACCACCACCACCACCUCGAGACCUCAACUCCAAGACUUCUUCUGAAGUGAAUAGACACCUUAUGCUUGGAAUGGAGCUCUAAACCCGUAUGAGACAACAUUUAGCACUACGAGUAAAGUAGGCUCGGUCCUCCGGUCGCUUAACCCAUGUGGGUUAUUCAGAGCAUGGAGUAGUGGAAGCUUGAUUCAUCCAUCCGCUAGACCCACGAGGAGCCUUUUAUAGUAGUGAGUAGUGGAACCCUGAUCUUUCGUUAGCUAAUCGCAACCUCAUCACCAGGAUUCCUUCGAAAGGGUAAAAAAAAAAAAACUCUGUACUUCGCUUGAAGGGUUGAAACCUCUGUCA